AGAAAAACAUAGUUCAAAAGGGUCAUGUGAUUUUGAAUGUCUUGGAACUGUGUGUGAUCACUUUCUAAUGGUACAAAAAAUGCAUGAUAUUCUCAUUGUCAUGUCCUACACAUUUACCUAGUCAAAGUUGAAAGUUGAAAAAGCCUUACAGUACCAUAUGAAUCAAACACAACCCACUUCUUCUCCACCUUGUCUUUGACUUGCCCUACCAACCCACUUCACAUUAAUGCAAAACCACUCUUCUUCUUCUUCUCUGAUGCAUUCCAUCACCAUGGAAGAACAACAACAUCAACAACAACCAAAGCUCAUCAAAGAUCAUGGCUUUAAGGAGAACCCUUCUCAAACCAUCAUGAGACUGGCUUCACUUGCCAUCGGCUUCAACGUGAGGUUGAAAUCAUCUGAUAUGCCUGCCCACAUGCAGGAACAUGCUCUUCGUCACACCAGAUCACUCCUUUCUCUUUCAACUCCUUCUCCAAAGCUCUCUAACACCCUCAUAGCUAGAGCUCUCAAAAAGGAGUUUGAUACAAAGUAUGGACUAGCCUGGCAUUGUGUGAUAGGGAAGAGUUUCGGGUCCUUUGUGAGUCACACUGGUGGAGGGUUCAUCUACUUCUCAAUUGACACACUUUCUGUUCUUCUUUUCAAAACUGAGGUUCAUUUGGUCAGACAACCUCCUCCUUAAUUUUGUGUACUUUUGGUUAAAAUUCCUUAAAAGUAUUUCUUGUAUCAAUGACAACUCAGGUUGAGUCUUUAAGAGGUUAAUGAAUGAAUAACUCUGACUAACGGCUGCAUAACAUGUUACCAUGUUCUUCUAAAGGUUGACAAGUUCUUGUGAAACACCAGACACAGUGAAACUUCUGUGCAUGCAUGUGAAGAAGUUGUGUUAAUGGACUGCUUAAGGAAGCUGAGAUUGGUCAUAUUUGAUGUGGUUUCCUUAAUUGUUUAUUCCUGUUUCUUUUUUAGAAGCCUGCAAAUGAACAGUGUUUUUGGCAUGCUGUCUAGUAGUCGUAGUAGCAGAACAAUUUAUCCUUGUUAAUUAAAAGUUGGUGAACUUUUCCCACUAUUGAUUUCAUU